AUGGCCUGGUACCGGGAUGACCCUGUACUGGGACAACCUGGGUUUGGCAUGACCUGGUGCCAGCCAGGGACGCAGGGCCGCGGGACCGGGGACAGCCUGCAGAGGUUCUCCGCACUGCCCGCCUACUUGCCGACAAGCCUGCGCAUCUCGCACGCGGACCAGGCCUUCUUCCUCAAGGAAGCCAACCAGGACGUCAUGCGAAAUGCCAGCCUGCAGGCCCGAGCGGAGCCGCUCUUCAUCUACCGAGCCAGGAGCCCGCCCCUGCUCAAUGCCAGCUAUGGCCCGUUCUGGACCGCCAAGCCCAUCCCGCAGGAGCUCCUGGUGCCCGCCACUCCCUUCGGGGGUGCGAGGAGUUUCCCCUUCAACUGGAGGCUGCGUGCCCACAUCCUGGACAGCUCCAUCUACUCCAACAGACCCAAGGUGCAAACACUGUUCUACGUGGCGGGCAUGGCCUGGGGCGAUGAAGACCCCAGCGACCACCUGCCCUGCGUCAAGAUGUUUGCCUUUCCGGAGACCAGGGAGGUGGCGGCCAGCUGCCGGCUGCAGGGGGCCCCGGGGCUGUGCGUGGCCGAGCUGGAGCUGCUGCCCGAGUGGUUCAGCUCGGGCCUGGACCUGGAGCCCGAGGAGGAGAUCCCGGCGCUGCUGGGAGGCACGGCCAUGGAACUCUUCUUCUCACUGUUUGCAGCCGACGAGACGGGCCGGUGCCCGCUGGAGGAGGAGGGCAAGUGGGAAAACAACAUCCACGCAGGCUCCGAGGGCGCCCCACCGGCGCCGCCUGCCCGGGAGAGGAUCGGGAGCGUGGUGGUCUACCCGACGCAGGAUGACCUCAAGUGGUCGCUGCUGAACCUGGACGAGAACCUGGCGCUGUCGGUGCCGCUGAACCUCGUCCGCGAAGGGGACACGGCCACCUUCCUGGUCUCCCUGACUGGCGGCUCUACAGCAGACCAAUUCACCCUGAGAAUCAAGGCGGCGGUGGGCGUGAAGAUAACUGCCGUGAGGGUCGGUGAGGACGACCAGUGGACUGUCCAGGAGCAAAUCGAGCAGGAUGGCGCUCAGACCACGGCCAGCCUGACCUGCGUGGGCCGCCCCCGGGAUGUGCACAACAGGGCAAAUGGCUCCUUGCACGAGAUCCUGCAAGUGGACUUUGGAGUGGACAACAGCAGCGGCCUGGCAGGGGCCCAGCAGAUCACCUGGCAGGUGGAGUACCCGCUGGAGGACGCCACGAGUGCACUGGUUGUCUCUGAGAUCUUUGUCAGCCAGACCAGCUUUGUGGGCAUCGUCCCUCUGGCCAUGGACACGGAGAUUCUAAACACCGCCAUCCUGACCGGCAAGCCAGUCUCAGUGCCCGUCAAGGUCGUGGCUGUCCAGGAGGACGGCUCCGUGGUGCACGUGUCGGAGUCUGUGGAGUGCAGGUCGGCUGACGAGGAUGUCGUCAAGGUUUCCAACAACUGUGACUCCAUUUUUGUGAAUGGGAAAGAAAUGAAGAGUAAAGUGGACACCAUCGUGAACUUCACCCACCAGCACUUCACGUCCCAGUUAGAAGUCACGGUCUGGGCGCCCCGGCUGCCCCUGCAGAUCGAGAUCUCGGACACAGAGCUGAGCCAGAUCAAAGGCUGGCGGAUCCCGGUGGCCUCCAACAGAAGGCCCACCCGCGAGAGCGAUGAGGAGGAGGACGAGGAGAAGAAGGGGCGCGGGUGCUCCCUGCAGUACCAGCAUGCCGUGGUGCGCGUCCUCACCCAGUUUGUGACUGAGUCUCCGGACCUGGGCCAGCUGACCUACAUGCUGGGCUCCGAGUGGCAGUUUGACAUCACUGACCUUGUGACGGAGUUCAUGAAGGUGGAGGAGCCAAAAGUCGCCCAGUUACAGGAUGGCAGGACGCUGGCUGGUCGGGAGCCGGGGAUCACCACUGUGCAGGUGCUCUCGCCUCUGUCCGACUCCAUCCUGGCUGAGAAGACGGUGAUUGUCCUGGAUGACCGCGUCACCAUCACGGAGCUGGGUGUGCAGCUGGUGGCUGGCUUAUCUGUUUCCCUGCAGCCUCACCGGGCAGACAAAAGGGCUCUUGUCGCCAUAGCAACAGCCCAGGACGUUCUUCAAGCCCCACAGCAGGAAGCCACAGUCAGUGCUUGGAUUUUGCUCAGUGACGGCUCGGUGACGCCUUUAGACAUCUACGAGCCCAAGGAUUUUUCUGUUACUGUCUCAUCCCUGGAUGAAAUGGUGGUGUCUGUGCAGCCAGACCUGCAGUCCCAGUGGCCGCUGGUGGUGGCGGAAGGCGAGGGGCAAGGCCCCUUGGUCAAGCUGGAGAUGACCAUCAGUGAGCCGUGCCAGAAGACCAAGAGGAAGAGCAUCCUUGCCGUAGGUAGAGGGUACGUCAAGGUCAAAUUUGAGCCGGGAAUCGGUGGGCACCCCGGAGGUACCAAUGACAUCGAGGGUGUGAGCCGAGAGUACAAACACCACCUCAGUAAUUCCAUCGAGCGCGAGGGGAGCCACGAGAGAGCUGUGCAGGAGUGGCCACACCAUGGCGUCCCUGCCGGCACAGAGGACAGCACCAAUAGGAGUGCAAGCUCCCACUCACCGGCAGUGGGGAGGGGUCAGAAGCCGCUUCGCAGCGGGGGCUUGGAUGCCUUCACCAGCUUCCCCACUCAGGGGAAGCUGCCAGGACCCCACGACCCCAGCGACCUCACAGUGGCCUCCAGGGGCCUGAGCGACCUGGAGAUCGGCAUGUACGCGCUGCUCUGCGUCUUCUGCCUCGCCAUCCUCGUCUUCCUCAUCAACUGCGUGGCGUUUGCCUGGAAAUACAGACACAAAAGGCUGGCAGUGAGUGAGCAAGGCAACAUCCCGCACUCUCACGACUGGGUGUGGCUGGGGAACGAAGUGGAGCUGCUGGAGAACCCGGUGGACAUCACCCUGCCGUCGGAGGAGUGCACGACCGUGCUGGACAGGGGGCUGCCGUUCGAGGAGCGGAACUUCCUGCUCAACGGCAGUUCCCAGAAGACUUUCCACAGUCACCUGCUCAGACCUUCCGACUAUGGCUACGAGAAGGAGAUGCAGAGCGAGCCUGUGAACCCCUCGGGGCCCAAGAGGAAGAGAGUCAAGUUUACUUCCUACACCACCAUCCUCCCUGAGGACGGCGGCCCCUACACCAACUCCGUCCUGUUUGACAGCGACGACAGCAUCAAGUGGGUCUGCCAGGAUGUGGGGCUGGGGGCCUCGCAGGACUUCCGGGACUACAUGGAGAGGUUGCAGGACCAGAUGUAACUGCUUUCUUAUGUUCGUAUUCACCUUUAUGCCUUCUGUUUUUGGGAUGGUGGAGCGGUGGGUCUGAUCUGCAAUAGGGGGUGACUACCAGAGUGUUGGUGGAGGUCUGUUGGCAUCCCUUGCUCAGCAGGUGUCCGACCGAGGCCUGCGCAGCCAAGGCAAAACAGCCGCCCGUGGGGACUGGAGUAAGACCUCGGGGGCAGGUCCUGCCUGGCUCUAGCCCGGUGUGACGGUAAGAAACACGCCCCACAGCACUGGUACUCAUCUCACAACCAACGGCCAUGUAGGAGAGGGGAUUCGGGGCAUGACUUUUCUAUUUCUAGACCGUUUAAAGCACAGUGGACACUUGGCUGCCCUCGGCCCGAGUUGAGAUGUGUGAGAAAGAUGACUGAAUGUAGCUACUCUUGUGUGCUGGGAGCGCCGCACAUUAUUUUUACAUACGUUUGCCCCUGCACCUGUUCUGUGACCUCUGGUUUUCCUUUUGAAACAGGAAGAGCCAAGGUUUCCACCCUUCCUCUGGGAUCCACUGGGUCCAUGUAUGCGUCUUGUCCCUGGGGUGUGCCGUGCCGUGCUGUUCCUGGGUCUCCAUGCAAGCCGUUGGGUUUUAGCCCAGCUUUCUGCACUUCGUCAUUGAGGGACACUGCCUAGGAAGCCUGUUCCCGUCUGUGUUUCUUUCUGUUGUUGAACUUUCCCUUGUAAGCCUGGGACAAGGGGUUUUACUUAAAAUGUUAACCUACUAUGAGGGAGGGCCAUCUCUUUACAGUUUUUUACAUGAAGCUUAAAAAAAAUCAGAGAAAAGUUAA